AUUUGACAGGUCCUUGUGACGUCUCUAUGACGACGAGGUCAGUGUCGUCCUUGAUCAUGGUUUGACAGGUGCGUGACAGUCAGCUCCCAGCAUGUACGCUAAAGGGAAAGGAUCGACGGUUCCCUCCGAUGCACAAGCAAGGGAAAAGCUUGCACUUUAUGUAUAUGAAUACUUAUUACACGUAGGGGCUCAAAAAAGCGCACAGACAUUUUUAUCAGAGAUAAGAUGGGAAAAGAAUAUAACAUUAGGCGAGCCUCCAGGGUUUUUACAUUCAUGGUGGUGUGUUUUCUGGGAUCUUUACUGUGCAGCACCAGAGAGAAGGGACACGUGUGAUCAUUCUAGUGAAGCUAAAGCAUUUCAUGAUUAUGACAGCACAAAGAGUUUACCUCUGAACCAAUCUCAGAUACAAUCACCAGAAAACCAUACAGGUUUUGUAAAUUCAGGUUAUGUUGCAAAUGGUUUAACACAUAAUACAGCACCCAGUCCGUUAGGUCAAAUGCCGCCACAAGAUGGCAUGCCUGGGGGACCCAUGCCUCCAGGGUUCUUCCCUAACGCCCACAUGCGUCCUUCACCGCCAGCGUCACAGCCGUCCCCCCACCCACAGCCGCCACACAAUCCUAUGAUGGGGCAAGGACAACCAUUCAUGUCACCCAGGUAUCCAGGCGGCCCCAGGGGACCAGUAAGGAUGCCUAACGAUUUUCCACCAGGCACGAUGGGUGGUUGUCAGAUGCCGAUGCCAAACAGUAUGGAUGUACGGCCUGGUCCUCCUAUGGCUCACAUGCAGCGAAUGCCAGGAAGAAUGCCAGGUCCUAUGAAUCCUAACUAUGGUCCAAUGCGUGGCCCUGCACCCAAUGGUAUGGUACCAGGAGGGCCGGGACCUGGAGGACCAGGACCAGGCAUGCCACCUAUGUCAAUACCUGGACAGAUGACCCGCCCCUGGCCCCCCUCAUCUCAACCAAUGAGUUACUCAUCUCCCUCGCCUGGAAAUUACAGUGGCCCACCAACAGGCGGACCUCCAGGAACUCCCAUCAUGCCUAGCCCCCAAGGAUCAACUGGACCUUACUCCCCUGCAAGUCACAGAAUGAACUCUACUGCUGCAAGACGAGAUUCAAGUUCUGGAGAGAUGGGUUAUAUGGGAAUGAAACCUAACAUGGGAAUGCCUUUCCCAGGUAUGGGCCCUGACAAUCCUAUGGGGCCUAUGGGGCCAGAUAUGAACCCAGUUAUGAAUGGAGGGGAUGGUCUUGACGGAAUGAAGAGCUCUCCUGCCAAUGGAGGCCCUGGGACACCUCGACACGAUGAGAUGCCACCUGUGAGUGCGGGGGACAUGGGAGGCUAUAAUCUACCAUACCAAGACAAUGUAGGAAAUGACCACGGAGAAUCGGCAGCCAUUAAAGCCAUAAAAGAAAGCAUGCAAGAAGAAGCAAAAAGGUUUGAAAAAGACGUGGGUCCUCCGGGCCCCGACCAUCCCACUGAUUACUUUGGGAUGCAAUAACACCUCUCAUGGCAUGCUGGAACUUCUCACUUCAUCAAAAUCAUAUUAUUUAUGUCAUGGAUUACUCCUCAGAUGAACAUGUCUGCCCUUCACUGCCGGGCUCUGGUGCUGACUAUGAUAACAUAUGGCAGUGGAGACAGAGAUGUGACUCCAGUGAUACACUGUGAACAUACAGCAAACAGAAUGGCAAUUAGCAAGCAGUUACAAUGGUGACAGGCCAGGACCUAGAGAGAGACGGAGACAGAGAGAGACUGUGGAACCUUGUUAUAUUACCGAGACCUAUGAAGCAGGAUACAGAGUCAAUUUCUUCCAAUAUCUUUCAACAAAUGUUUUGAUGUGAGACAAUAAAGAAAUGGAAAUGAUCUCAUCCUUUGCAGAAGUCUGUGUGAGGGGUCUCAUGUAAAGCAGACUCUUUAGGUUUGGGCACUCUUUGUUAACCAGAGUGAGUGUAAAAGGACUUGAAUAGGUGACAUUACCUGUGGGGUUGUUCAGUCGUGUUAGUGUCUGGCUGUUGGGGAGGGUGACAUGGAAAAUGCAGUGUGACACUCUCUGGUUCAUGAUUAAAUAAGUGGCAGGACUCUCAAAGAUAUUUUUUAGAAAGUAAGUAGUAACUGGUCUGUUUUACAGAACUGCUGAUUAAAACAGGUUCAGUAGUUUGAAAAAGGGAGAUAUUCUUUUAGAAAAAGGAGGGGGUUGUAUAUAUUUAUAUAUACAUAUUAAUGACCUAGAAGAAAGUAA